CUCUCUUCUGUUCUUUACGCGUACGCUCACUUUACCUUUCGCAUCGCUUCUUUUGGUUCGCUUUGUUUUCUGUCACCUGCUCUCCCAGUCCGGUGGUGGCGAAUUGAGGAGGAAGAGGAGGAGGAGAAGAGUCGAAGUCGUGUGGAUUGCUUUCUGCUUCCCAUCCCAAAGCGGCCGUGCGCCGCGGUUUUCUUGGCGAGGAAGGAGGUUCGAAUCCCUGAACCCGCGGAGAGCGGUUACCCGCUAACACUUCGUUUCCACUUCCCGCAAAACUCCCUUUCUUGCCCCGUUCCCCUCAUCGCGCACGCGAAAUAGCUUGAGUUUUGAGGCCGCCGUCCCCGCUCGACGAUGGACUCCGAGGAAUCACGGGUUGUUGUUCCAAGGAACUUCAGAUUGCUGGAAGAGCUUGAAAGGGGAGAGAAGGGCAUCGGUGAUGGUACUGUCAGCUAUGGAAUGGAUGAUGCUGAUGAUAUUUAUAUGUGUUCUUGGACUGGAACCAUUAUAGGUCCUCAGAAUACUGUUCAUGAAGGGCGGAUAUAUCAGUUGAAACUGUUCUGUGACAAAGACUAUCCUGACAAACCCCCUGCUGUCCGGUUUCAGACACGGAUAAACAUGACAUGCGUCAACCAGGAAACCGGGAUGGUUGAACCUGGCCUAUUUCCGAUGCUUGCAAACUGGCAGAGAGAAUACACCAUGGAGGACAUUCUACUGACCUUAAAGAAAGAGAUGUCAGCUCCCCAGAACCGGAAGCUCCACCAGCCUCCAGAAGGAAGCGACGAUCAGAGGAUGGAACAGAAAGAUCUAGCGCAAAGGUGUGCUAUCCUUUGAGCCUUUGUGAGAGGGCGAAAAAUCAUCUAAGAUGAUGUUAAUUGGCAUAUGAAGCAUGUGACGGGGACUGUUUGCUUCUUGUGGGAGUUUGGGUGGGGAGGUUGCCGAGUAAAUAAACUAUAUUGUAAGUAUUAGUUAUGCUUUUGUGCAUAACCAGUGCCUUGCAAUUAUGUAACCAAUAAAAGCUUUUAUUUCCUGGUCGUGGACUAUGUAAUAUUAGUUGUGUCGAAUGAUCCUAAAAGCUCAUUUGGUACUUUACUGUUGCCUUAGAUAAUGUAAGCUUAUUGGAGGAUGAACAUGUAAUGAAAUUGUUUUGUCCAUUUGUUUAUAUAUAUUUUAAAGAGUUA